AUGGAAGCAACUUUCUGGAAGGGUCAAGGAGCACAUACAUUCAGAGAUUACAAGGCUAUCAAGGUCCUCAGCCAAUCGUCGACCAUUGUUAUUGACUCCGGGAUGCAUAAUGUCUUGUAUGACCCGGAAACCAAUGCUGUAAAAAUGGUGGAUUUUGAGUUGAUGCAAGCAUGUGAGGAGGACACCAUGAGUCCUGACGACCCAGAGAUGUUUUCCAUAUUUGGGCAUUACCCUUCGCGCGUACGGGCUUGUCACGAGGGUGGUUAG